AUGUCGUCUAGCAGAUACGCACCCGCUACGUCCUCCUCCCUCGCCCUUAUCGAGCGUCAAUUGGAACGCAGCCAACGUCUGGUCGACCGCAUAGCACGCCUCUAUGCCUCGCCGAUCGCCGACCCUCUGGACAUUGCACAACUCGCAGACGAGGUCUUCCACUUCUACGACAACUUCUACAACUAUACGAUUGAUCUUCUUAUCGGUCGCGCCGACCCUGUCACCCGUGAGAUGACAUUUCCCAACCCCUUGGAUCUUCUGGACACACGAUCUGAUCUUGAGCUACUCAGAGCCAAGCUUCUUUAG